UGUAGAUACAGCUCCUACUCCUUAAGGAUUGUCAAAUGCUGGAAUUCGCUGCCAGCUGAGCUAGUCCAAGUGACUUGCCAGGAGUCCUUCAAAACUCGACCUAUUCUUAAGAACUAAUAAUAAUAUCUUACUAUGAUUUGCCAAUUUCUUUUUCCUCUAUUAUCGUUAAUAUACCUAGGUUCCUGACUCGAGGUAUUGGUGAUCCACUGCUACUAGACACGGAAGCCUGUUAAGCGAAAGCUUCUUCUAUUCCAUCCACAACCAUUUGAACCAUUUGAAGUAUGGAAUGCACGUUGUCAUUUGGCCUGUUCAAGGUCGUGGUGAAGAAGCGCGGUCGUGUUCGGAAGUCGGUUGCAAGUUCAUUUAAUCCGUCCCCUACAUUUUGGUUAGGUAACCAGUAAUUAUGGUCCUGCACUUUAAGUGUGAACUUGUCCAACCUCCGUACUUUAUUUACAUGGGAGAAGAUAAGCAUGAAAAUGAUGAACUUAUUCGUUGGGGAUGGCCAGAAGAUGUUUGGUUUCAUGUAGAUGCUCUAUCAUCUGCUCAUGUUUACCUUCGGCUUAAAGAGGGGGAAACCUUAGAUGAUGUCCCCACUGCCGUUAUACAGGACUGUGCACAACUGGUCAAGGAAAACAGUAUCCAAGGUUGCAAACUCAACGAUGUCACUGUUGUAUAUACCAAGUGGGAGAACCUGAAAAAAACCAAUGAUAUGGAUGUUGGCCAAGUAGCCUUUCACAAUAAUAAAGCAGUGCAAAAGAUCGUAGUUGAAAAACGCAAUGGAGAUGUAAUAAAACGACUAAAUAAAACAAAAGAGCAAUACCAACAUCCUGAUUUAAGAGGUGAACGAGAGAAGCGAGAUAUCCGCAUUAAAAACAAAGAAAAAGCUGUUCUGGCUGCUAAGAAAAAGUCAGAACUUGAGGCACAGAAAGUCCGUGCAGCAGAAGCAGAAAAAAGAUCAUACGAUCGUUUGUUUGUUGAGAGUAAAAUGAGGACAAAUGAAGAUGGCUAUGAUUCAGAUGACUUCAUGUAAAAAAUAAAUAUGAAUACCUUCCUACUUCUAAAAGUGUCUCAUCUCUUAACUUUAUUUUCUACUUAUCGGUUACUUUUUCUGAAUUGUCGAUCAUGUAAUAAAAACCCUUUUGGUUUACUUGUAUAUUAUAUAAUGUGAAUUUUCUUCCAUGCUUGGUGAAACUAAGUUUCGGGUGCUAAACGAUAUAAUUGUGAUCAUGAACCGAUCAGUGCUAGACCACGAUUGAAAACCUGAAAGCACUUCUGAUGAGUCUCUUAAUAGGACGAAACGGUAGUCCAGUGCUUCCAAGUUUUCAUUGGUGGUCUAACUUUGAUCGGUUCAUGAUCUCAAUUAAAACUCAACCAUCUCCACAACUCUAUACUAAUAAACAAUAUAUUUUAAUGGUUUGAACAUCCACGCGCUAUUUUUCAAAGGCUUGGUUUGAAGCAUGGAAUAUUUUGUUUUCGUACUCAAAAUAGCAUUUCGCAGAAGGCAAUUUUUGGUCAGUCAUGGACAAUAUAAAACCUAGCAAAAAUGUUUAUAAGUCUGAUUAACAAUAUGUUCAGUUUCGGAAUAGCUUUUGUGCUUCCUCUAUUUAUAAAUGUAGAAUGAUCAGUAUAAGCGAACGUACAUUAGACUCUAAUUUGAAAAUAAUAAAAGGACUCAGCUGUGUUUUUUAAUAGGGGAGCUGUAGUUUAUGUGCUUGUUGACAGUUGUAGAUAAGUUUCAUUGUAGUCUCGGAAUGAUGCCGAUGGAAUAUUUCUGACAGUUGAUAGUUUUGGCUUGCUUAAAUGCAUGCUCCACUGCGUUUUCCUUGACUAAAGACUACACUACGGCUUUACAUAUAUUCUUUUUACGCAACUAGGUUGUGCAUUUUCCUAUCUGUCUGUCAGCAAAACGAGCCCUAAGCGGGUGUGAUGCAAGUAGAUCUCUGGUUUAGCUGUGAAAGUAAGCUUGGACUUAGGAUUACAUAUGGAAGCUGGAGUCAUGAUGAUCGGGUAAAUAUGACAUUGGUUGGACAGCAUAAAUGUGUGGUUCUUUUAAUUCUGUGAAUGAAUCAUACCACUUGGAAUUCCGAUAACUGCGUUUUGCACUCUGAAGCCUCAUGACCCUUAACCUUAGUUUCUUUAUAGAACUACAAAAUGUAGUGCUGGGUUUUGCACAGUAAGUAAUCUAAGAUCCUUUUAUCUUAGAUUGUAAGAACUCAAUUCUAUGUGUAAUGAGUUUCUGAUAAUCCUUUACAUUCACUUGAGUUAUAUCAAAUACACUAGGCUACACAGAGCCUAUGCCAAAUAAAAGUAAAUUUUGAAGGCGAACACUUCAACCAUGUUUCACAUAUGCGUAAUGAUUACAGGACAGCUAGUUUUUGACAAAUACUUAGAUUGGAUAACAGUUAUCACCAAGUUUGUCAUCCCUAAACUUCUGGAGGCUCUCCUACAACAAAAUUCUAGCACACCAGUGCUUUGACCACAAUUAACUUCUACUACAUAAAAUAGAAACGAUUCCCUAGUCUAUGGAGGUUCGUUUAUUGGUUUACCAACAUGAUUUACUUCAUAAGUUGUGACCCAGACUAUGGUCCAUAUAAAUCCGUUGUGUCAUCGGGAUGCAGGCCAGUAGUUUCCAUUGACGUCUUAUCAUUGGUCAGUACAAGAAGUUGAAAGAUAGGUUCCUCUAUUCUUGAAGAUAAAAUUUGAAUUGUCCUAGACGCCCAGUAUUCUUUUGCUAGUCAUCAUUUGGUAGUAUUCGACUUGUCGAUAACAUAAGACGCUCUAAUGAGUAGAAACAUAUAACCCCACAAUUGAUUGAUCACUGGGUGGUGGUCAGUGUCAUGCUUAUCUAGUCCUUAUUAGUGCAGAUCGAAUGCUAUCGAUCAUGUUGCAAUGUGGCCAUCAGUCUAGGUGACUCGACACUGCGGGCACUAUGUCAACAGGACUGUUGACUACCUCCAACCACCAUCUACAUCUCAACAAAUAACCCCAUUUCACAUGUGGAU